AUGCGUUUCACCUCAGUCGUCGCUCUUCUCCCGGCCCUGGCCUUGGCCCAGGAGCAGGUACCCCUCGCCGAUCGUGUGCAGGGCUGGUUCAAUAAGGCGAAGAACCUGGUUCCCUCGGCCGUUCCUACCGAGCCCGUCCAGCAGGUGGUCGAGAAGAUCUCAGAGAAGCGUGUCACUCCUGUGACGAUGCAGAACUGGCAGUCUAUUCUGACUCCCGCUGAGGAUCCUCAGGAUUGGUUCAUCUUUGUGACCGGUGGUAACAAGACCUGCUUCGGUCAAUGUGGCGUUGCAGAGAAGGCCUUCAAUCAAUCCGUGCCUCUCUUUUCUGCUGAUCCCACAUCCCCCAACCUUGGUAUGAUCAACUGCGAGCAGGAGCGUGUCCUCUGCGCUACUUGGUCCGCCGGCGCGCCUUCCGUCUUCUUCUUCCAGCUGCCCACGGCUCAGCCCCUGGGCCAGGAGCGUCAACCUACCCCUCUUCACGUGGUGUACUUGAACCACACCAGCGUCACUCCCCAGGAAAUUUACCAAAUCCACUCCAAGAAGACCUUCGAGAAGGUCCCGGCCUAUGAGGGUGCCAUGCACCCUACCGAUGGCUGGCUCGCCAAGUACCAACUCAACGUUCCUCUGGGCUACGCCAUCUGGGCGAUCGGUGCCGUCCCCAGCUGGUCCUUCAUGAUCCUCGUCAGCUUCUUCAGCCGUACCAUCAUGGGUCGUCGUAUGAACAACCCGGGCUCAGCGCCCCGUCGUGCUCAAUAG